ACACCUAUACUGAGAGCAUGACGCACACAGGACUAGCAUUACAGCAACACUGAGCUCUCACAUGUUCAGUCAGUGUCAGAAGAGAGCAGUCAGACAGCAGCUGGGUUUGACCGCUGAGCAGUGAACAUGUCAGUGACACUGGAAGGCAACAUGUUGGUGACCGGCAGCAACCGAGGCAUCGGUUUGGAGCUGGUCAAACAACUGGCAGAGAGGACAGGAGCAGAGGCUCACAUAUACGCCAGCUGCAGAGAGCCUGAGGGAACCAGGGCUGAGGCCCUGAGAGAGCUCACCACUCAACAUCCUGGAAAGAUCACUAUAAUCCAACUAGACACGUCGGAUGAGGAUAGUAUCUCUGCUGCUGUCCGGGCUGUGAGUGAGCAGAUCGGAGCUGGUGGAUUGAACCUGCUCAUCAACAACGCUGCCAUCAAUAAACCGGCCAAACCAGCACCGUUAUCUGCCACCGGGAAGAAGGACAUGAUGGAGGUGUACGAGACCAAUGUGGUUGGACCCUUUCUCCUUGCAAAGAUGUUCCUCCCUCUCCUCCAGAGAGCAGCAGAGAGGUUCUCACCUGAGGAUGAUGAGGAUGAUAUGAUGUCCUGCAGGAGGUCAGCCAUCAUCAACAUCUCCACCAUCAUUUCAUCUGUGAAGAAAUGUCCAGAGACCUUCUCCAUGGCUCAGAUGUAUCCUUACAGGACCAGCAAGACAGCGCUGAACAUGCUGACUCGUUGUCAAGCUGAGGACUUCAGGAAACACAACAUCCUGGUGACAGCCAUCCACCCUGGCUGGGUGUUCACUGACAUGGGAGGAGAGCAGGCUCCUCUGGCCACCCAGGACAGUGUACUGGGCAUGCUCAGUGUGAUGUCAUCACUCAGCAACAAAGACAGCGGGAUGCUUAUAGACUGGCAGGGCAACUCUAUCCCCUGGUAGCAGUUACCAUGACCACCACACCACACCAACCAGACCAAUGAUUUCUGCAUGUAAACAUAACAAAGACACAUAAAGCCUGUCAGCUCUAAGCUGUCUCGAAAUGCUCUGAUUGGACUCUAUGGCUGGAAAAAUACUUGAGAAAUUAAUAUUUGAUAAGAUGUUAUUGAAACAUUCCCUGGUAUAAUUCAUUUGAGGUUAAUGUGCGUAGAUUAAAUUAUAAACUGCACUACACUUGCAGACUUUCAUAUUUCAGUACGUCAAGGGUAGGUUCAAGUCUGUUUUAAUACAAUACUCACACGUCCAUAUUUGUAUUAUUGAGUUAUCUGUUGCUGUAAUGAUUCCGCUGGUCCAUACAGGCCCUGAGCUGAGCUGUUCAGUGACUCCACUUUAACUGAUGGAAGACAAAAUCCAUAGCCGUCCUCCUGUGUAAACAAAUUCUGUUAAACUGAAGAUAAAAUGAGGCUUUAGAAGUCUGAGUCAGACAUUAAAGUGGUUACUCUGAAUGUCCUUGCUGAACUGUGUGGAGUGAUACGUCGUGGUCAUGGUGCGUAUCUUUGUUGCCAACACCAACAAUAAGAAACCCACUGGAUUUUUCCUGUUUCUGUCUAAUGACAUGGCUGUUGUGUCUUUCAGAGUAUGACGGAGUAAAAAUGUCUUGAACUGUUUUCUUUAAUCUGUUUUCUUUUAUUUCAUGUACCUCUGCCUGAAAUAAAGUGAACUGAACUGA